UACAACUGAUCGUCGUUGAACUAUGUCUACACACACAUGUAAACUGGCUCUCAUCUGUGCCUGUAGGCAGAUUAUCCGUCUGGCUCACAUUAUCUGUAUGUCUUUCUGUCUGACAGUGUCUGUGCGGACACUCCACAUCGCGCCGAUCACACACACACACACACACACGCACACACAGGGCUCACAUGGCGCAUGACUAAAGGCAGAAAUGGCAUGCAGCCUUCAAUCAAUCUGACCUCUCCUCCACACAAAGGACCUCCAAAUCGUCGGCCAUAAAGUCCUUACUGCCCCCAAACACAGCUUUGCCAUGCAUAUCUCUCGGCCCCACAUAGCCCUCAGGUACAUCAUACCUGCCGACGAACUGACGGCAGCUGUACAUGUCAGCCGCAGCACCACAUCCCAGCCACAACCUCGCACCGAUCCACAGCUUCGCUCGCCCAUAAACUGUCCCCUCCCGCCCGGCCACCCGCACUCUCCGCCCGCCUAUCAUCUUGGUCGGUUGUUUAAAGUGGCCACUCAACGAGAAAUGCCACACAUCGCAGUCGUAGAUGUUCUCGCCUGUUGGGUCGUCUGGCGGCUUGAUGCGGCCGCUCACGUAGGCGCCGAACACGUAGGCAUUUUUCUUGACAACAAACACCAGCUCGCUCUCAUCGCCCACACAACCGAGGAACUUGCCAUACGACGGCCCAUCGCGAGUCGCCCUGUAAAGACGACGAGAGAGAGGCCCAUGCAGAUGAGCAUGAGUCCAGGACAAGCGCACCUGUAGAUGAGCUUCAGUCUCCUUCCACUUGCCUCUCCAAGGAAGUGAUAGAGUGCCGCAGACGUGAGGGCAUCGAAAGUUGCGCCCUGGAUCAUCUGCAAUGACAGCAGACCACCAAUGCCGCUCUCUCUCUCACUGAUAUGUGUAUGACCUUAAGUGAGAGUAGUGACCGGUAUUGGACACCAAUGACUUCCAAUUCAUCGGCCAUAAAGCCCUUACUGCCCCCAAACACAGCAUAGCCAUUCUCAUCCCUCACCCCCACAUAGCCCUCAGGCAGGCAGGCAUGUCCGUCAGGGAUGAAGUGACAGCAGCUGAGCAUAUCAGCAGCGGCGCCACCCUCACAGCCCAAACCCAGGCCAGCACCACCACCGAACAGGCCCCCGAUCCACAGCUUCACCCCACCCCACACUGUGCUCUCCCGCCCAAUGAUUUUGAUGGAAUGCCGGCCUUCCAUCAUCUUGGUCGGCUGUUUGAAGUGGCCACUUAAGGAGAAAUGCCACACAUCGCAGCUGUAAAACCACGCCUCCGUCUCAUCGUCACUGUGAUGUGGGAUUGCGCCGCUCAUGUAGGCGCCGAACACGUAGGCAUUUUUCUUGAGAACAAACACCAGCUCGCUCUCAUCGCCCACACAACCGAGGAACUUGCCAUACGACGGCCCAUCGCGAGUCGCCCUAACACGACGAGAGAAAGCGUUAAGGCACAUACUGUUGGGCCUGUGUAUCGCACCUGUAGAGCAGAGUGAAUUCACAUUCGUCCGCCAUGGAAGGCACGAGGGAGUGGAGGGCCGCAAACUCGGCCUCACUGUGGCCGCUGCCAACGAUCAUCUGCAUGACAGCGAGAGGUGAAAGCAAUCAAGGUGAUGUGACCACAUGGGCAUUCUCACUCGCAAUACACGCCCGUCGUCCCCGUAUGUCUUCCUACGAGACCACACCUGCACACAUCACACAACAAUGCCAUACCGUCUGUCUACGUGGGUUUGUUCCAUUGCAGUUGACUCACGAUACGCGGCGGCACCUCUCGGUGGUCGCGUGUGGGCGUCUUUUGGACCUCAUACGACACACUGAUCACGUCACCAUCAUCCUGAAGGCAGAAUGCAUGUGUGCAGCAAGGGAAUUGUUGCUCUGUGCAUCUCUCUCACCUCUUGUAUGUCACUCAGGCGAUCGUCGGCAGUGACGCUGAAUGCAGGGUCAACACAUGAGCCAGACCACACCUGCACACAUCACACAACAAUGCCAUCCCGUCUCUCUACGUGCGUUUGUUCCAUUGCAGUUGACUCACGCCAGACGGCGGCACCUCUCGGUGGCCGCGACUGGACGUCUUUUGGAUCUGGACCGGUGGCCCCCUUGGCAGCUGUUUGUCCGACACCGACGGUGGAAGCUGAAUGAAGUACGGUGCUCGUUCGCCAACAGAUAAGUGAGCCUUCUUCGCUUUCUUACGGGCGUGACGUUUGUUUGCUGUGAUGGCUGCGAUUGUGCGUCAAACGGUUGACCACUACCAGCAGCAGCAGCAUCGGUGGUCUGCAGAACACGGGAAAUACGCAGGGGCCUCUCUCGCUGCCAUGGUGUCAGACCGCUUCUCUCACCAUAGCGUCAGGACCGCGACUAAUGUUCUCAUGUGCUUCUCGCACCGCAGCUGACUCGCCAACCAUUUGCUCCUGCAGACAGCAGAGAAAAGACGUGCACUAAUUGCGUGCAUCGUCUGACGUCAGACGUUGUUUUGCUUCCUACAUGCUGGUCGCUGAGUCGGUCGCUUUUUGAUGACGGUGGUGCAGCAGCAGGCUCGGCGCCCUGAGACGAGAAACACAUUUGCUAAAAGUGCAUGUGGAUGUGUGGUGCGUACGUGUCUGCUCAGUCCAUUCGUGAGCUCCUCUUGUAGUGGCUGGUCAGAGAUGGGAGCAGGCAGGGGGUGUGGGUGGGGCGGAUGCCACGGGGGAUGGGAAGACGCUGCGGCCGCAGCCGGUACAGGCGCCUCUUUUCGGGGCUGCAACAAGCACCAGAUGGGAAGUGCUUUGAGUACCUGAUUUCUCUCUCACCUGAAUGUCAUCCGAUGUGUCAGCUUCCGGAUCGGGCAUACUUUCCCACCACUUCUGAAGCGCCUUGGCCUCUUCCUCACGUGUCAUCUGUACACAAAAACAUACGAUGCUCACGGCGCUCGGUGAUCCGAUGGACAUGCACUCUUUUCUUUGCCGACCGGCAUUCCAUCGGUGGGUGGAACAGCAGCUGCAGCGGGAUCGGCAGCGCGUGACUCAGAAGGCGGCAGAGAACUCUGGUUAAGCACGCAUGAAUUAAUGAAUGGCGAGUGUCUCACCGCUUCAUGCCUACAGUGGUCUCUCGAUUCACCUGGUGGUUGUCUGACGUGGCACUCUCCGUAUGCUCUGCAGCCUGCACGCAGAGAGAGAAGCUGUCUCUGCGGUAGCCCUCCCUGCAUGAGUGAGGUGAUGCACAAACCUGUCGGCUAUCGACUCUUGAAUUUGUCAGACUUGGCGGACGCUCGUCGUGGGAUGCCCUUGCCGGAGGUGAGAUGGCUGCAGCAGCAGCAGCAGCUGGUACAGCACCAACUGCACCAGCCGCCGCGGGAAGGGUCUGACGAUUCAGGAAAGCACGGAUCGAUCAUUUACAAAUCCCCUAUGUCGUUGCUCUUUCCCCCACCCGCUCAUAUCUGUUCUUGACGCCACCCGGUAAACCUACGUCUGCGGAACCAGCAGCAGCAGGGGCGGGGGCGCGGGUGGCUUGUGGGACGGCUGGCUGUGGCUGUGCCUGUGGCGGGACGGUCAUGGGUGGUGCCAUUGAAAGGGCAUGAGUGGGGGGAAGCCGAACGGCAUCCCUGGCGCAGGGAACAUCCCCGGACCGAUCGGAGGCACUGGGAAGCCUGCAACAACCACACACACAGACCACUCACACAGACACGAUGCACACACACCGCCCGCCCUUGCUUGUUCUCUCACCUGGUCGAGGGACCACGUUGGCCAGCCCAGCCAUGCCCAUCCUCGGACGGAUCUGCUCCGCCCCCCGCGCGGCCGCAGCAGCCGUCGCCUCGGCCACCUUCGCGUCCUCCGAUGACGGAGGACGAGGCUGUCUCGGCCCAAAUGCUGUAACCACACAGCACAACAUCAACCCCUCUCUCAAUGCCAGGCGCUGCUCUUUAUUUCUUACUCAAUGCAUGGCCGGAAGCAGGGGUGGGAGGCACAGGUUGGUCUGGAGCGUUAGAGUGCUGAAGAAAGCCACAGAUCCUUUCUUAUCGAACAACAAAGCAAUAAUCUGAUCUUGCCCGACCUGAUCAGAUGCAUCGUCCUUAUCAUCCUUGCGACACCGGUGUCUGCUCCAUUCACCCGCGUCGAAAUAAUUUUUUUGCGCAACGGCGGCACCGGUCGCGCUGCUUCUCUGUCGUGCUGUUGUACUCCCAGGUGAUGACGAAGGUCGACCCGUUUUUCAGGUCGACGAUAGCGUGAGGUUCUCACGAUGAGUGAGGCUGGUGUGAGGGCCGAGGCUGCGCGUCUUGAGAGGGCAAGCUGCAGACAAACGUGUCGACUCGCUCGCGGUCCUUUCGAGGCGAGCAGGCAAAGAGGAUUGCAUACAAGACGCUAGAGCAGUGCACUUAGCUCCUACCGGAUUGUCUGUCCGACACGUGGCUCAGCUCCGCAAAUCCAAGCAAGACGCUUUUGACAGCCGAGUCGUUGAGCUUCUUGAUGAAGUCUUCGCGGACCGGCACUCGAAAGCCACAAACCUCCACCCAUUCGCAGUGGUCCUUCUCCUCGGAAUUCUUGACCUUGGCGGCAAGGCCUCUUUCCAGCCAGUUGACGAUGUCACGCCACCGCAUGGAUUGCAGAAGCUCAAACACCUUCUUUGUGACGCGAUCUUGUACUUCCGCCGGCGGCUGCGCCGAUUGAGAUGGCUAACCGAGGACACAUGCACACACAUACACACGUGUCGUGUGUGGUGGCUGUCAUGUACCUGUGGUGGUUCAGUCACCUUGUAGCUA